ACGCGACUCGACUCGACUCACAAACCCAUUUGGCGAUAUAUUGCAAAAUUCAGCUGCGGCUAAGUGCAAUCUCGCAGAAUCUUAGAACAAGCAAAAACUUCAACCCCAGUGACUUGUGUGUGUGUGUGUGUGUUAAAGUGUUAAGACAAUAGUCAACCAGGCGCUUCAAACUGCCCCUAAAACACCGAACUAUCAAAAGCUUAAGCUCACGUAUUUUAUUGCCAACUGUAAACUUUUUACUUUUGCGGCUAAUUACGCAUUUGAUUGACUGUGACGCAAAUUUCUACCUGUUUGUGUGUUUGUUGCCGUCGCCCUCAGCAUUUGCAAGCGGGUCUUUGUUCAAAGGACCUCAAAGAAAACAACAGAAUAUAACUGAAGUUGCACGCACGUUCUAAACUUGCCAGCAAGUGUUUUUCUACGCCUUUUAAACCCAAAAGUUUUUACACGUGUAGCUGUGCGUGUGUGUGAGUGUGUGUGUGUAUGUGACAGAGAGAAAGGGCUGUUGUGUGUGCGUGUUUAACAACCUUUGUCUUCUAAACGGCAAAGUUUUCCAACAAAAAAAACGAGCAAGAAAGGAUUCUUUUUCUGUGCAACGCUUGAAGAACUACUGCCAAAAUUUUCACGGACGGUAACAAGCUCGGUCCUGCAGCUGCGGGCAGAGGAAUGUUUUGCUACCAGUGCCCGCCCGCCCUGCAUCCCUGCGGACCGCAUCCGCCACGCCUGCCAACCCUGGACUACCCCUUCGCCGCAACGCAUCCAUAUACCAGCUACUCGUAUCAUCCUGCCAUACACGAUGAGACUUUUGUGCGGCGCAAGCAGCGUCGCAAUCGCACGACAUUCACUUUGCAACAGCUGGAGGAGCUGGAAACGGCAUUUGCACAAACCCAUUAUCCGGAUGUAUUUACACGCGAGGAUCUCGCCAUGAAAAUCAACCUAACGGAGGCGCGUGUGCAGGUUUGGUUUCAAAAUCGACGCGCAAAAUGGCGCAAAGCCGAACGCCUUAAGGAUGAGCAACGAAAACGUGAAAAUGGCGAAAGCACCAGUUCAUUAGAUAAGCUUCACGACUCUCGCGAGUCCUCGCCGGAUAUAACCGGAGAAAUUGACGAUGAUAUGGACGAGCUGGCGCCACGUCAACGCUCGCACAGUCCGCUAGCCAAUGGACCCAUGGAUCAGCAGCACUCGCGUAGUCCACACGGCGGUCUGGACUCGAGCGACAACGAGCGUCCGCUCUCCUCCACUCAGCUGACAGCUACACAUUCCGCUUCGCAAUCGUUGGGCUCCAUUAGCGCGGGUUCCCCGUCGCCAGGCGUGCGGGAGCACACGCCACUGGCCAGCAUCGGGCAGCCGAACAGCCCCUCGAAUUCACGCAACACCGACUCACCCAUCGAGGUGGGCGGUCCAAUGUCGCUCACAACGAACACACGGCUCACAGCAGCCUCCUCGAACAACAAUUCGGCCUCCUCCACGCCCACACCUACAACGCCGCAUGCCGCCCAUUUGCCGCAUACGCCGAGCAGCGCAGCGGCGGCGGCGGCCUUUGGCAGCCACAUUUUUGGCAGCUUCGGCAGCGCCAGUAGCGUGGGCGCAGGCAGUGACACCAACUGUGGCUUUAGACCGGUGCUCAGCGAACAGAGUGCUGUGGCAGCGGCGGCUGCGGCUGCCGCCCAACGUAAUGCAAAUCAUCCACCAUUGUUUCUGCCACCACACUUGGCCGCACAGUUUACACAUCAGCCGCUGUUCCCCGGCCUUAAAGGUGUGUCGCCUUUCCAGAGCCUGUGCUCGUGCUGUUCGCUGAAGCCGCCGCCACCGCCCGUGGCGCCACUCAGUGUGCCUGUGAGCAGCUCCUCGGCAGCCAGCUCGCCGGAAUCGCCCAAAUCGAGCAACGGCGGCCACGAUCCGCGCUCCAACUCGGUGGCUGAGCUGAGACGCAAGGCGCAGGAACAUUCUGCUGCUCUGCUACAAUCGCUGCAUGCGGCAGCUGCUGCCGGUUUGGCUUUUCCCGGCCUGCACUUGCCCCCACUCUCGUUUGCCCAUCAUCCUGCUCUGGGACAUGGCGGCAGCAGCAACAACAACAACAGUGCUUUGCGCAUGAAACACGAAGCCCAGGACAUGACCGCCAGCACAAUGAAUGGUCUCGGAGCUGGCUCUGUGAUGGCCGUGCCUACAUCGUCGAGCACAUCGGCUGCUCUCCUGGAUCUGGCCGAAUCGGCCGUGGCAUAUCAGCACCAUCACCAACAACAACAGCAGCAGCAGCAGCAGCAUCAACAACAACAACAACAGCAGCUAAGUGGUAAUCAGUAA